AUGUCAGCAUUUUGGUCUCUUGGAGCUGGGCUUAUGAGCACCUCUCCUACCUCUGCAGGUAAUAAUUAUAACAGUGGGUGGAGAAGGCAUAGUAAUUCACGCUUCCUCGUUUUGCUUCAUUAUUCCACCACUAGGAGGAGCUCUCCUCUGAUUUCCUGCUCCUCCUCCUCAUCAUCAUCAUCAAACAAUCACAACUCAUUGCCCAAACAAACCCCUCCUCAGUUGGGUUAUGAUCCUUCGGUGGACUUACUUGGAAUCCAGGUCGAUCCAAAGCCAAGGGAUGCCAUCUCCUCCGAUUCACCUAAACCAAGGUCUUGGUUCGGUCCAAAUGGCCAGUAUAUCAGAGAGCUUCCUUGUCCAAGUUGUAGGGGAAGAGGUUAUACUCCAUGCUCUGAUUCGCCACUCAAGGUGAAGGAGGAUGAUGAAGUAGACAAUUUGGAAAUAAAGCUGACGAAGAAAAAAUCAAAGCGCGUGUACCAAUCAUUGUCUCCUGAAGUUGGACUGAAGAUUAGUCAAUCACUCAAAAGUCUCAAUGCGAAAACUGGACUAUUUAGUAAGAGAAUGAAGAUCAUCCAUCGUGAUCCUAUGCUUCAUGCACAAAGAGUGGCUGCAAUCAAGAAAGCAAAAGGAACUGCUGCAGCAAGAAAACGAGCUUCUGAAACUUUGAAAGCUUUCUUUAGUGAUCCCAAGAACCGCAAAAAACGGAGCAUUGCCAUGAAAGGAGUGAAAUUUUAUUGCUCAAAUUGUGGACGUGAAGGACACAGGAAACACUACUGUCCAGAACUUAAGGAUAGCUUGAUAGAUAGGCGGUUUAAGUGUCGGCUAUGUGGAAAAAAAGGACAUAACAGCAGAACCUGUCCAAAGCCAAGAACGAGCAAUCAAAAAGGCAAAGUUACAUGGCAUCGUCGCUGCAAGAUAUGUCGUCAAAGGGGCCAUAAUCGCAGGUCUUGCCCUCAAGUGAUUGGGUUAAAAUUAGGUGGCAGCGAUACAUUCAAAGAUUUUCUGGUUUCUGGAAGUAGAAAAUACACAUGUCGAUUGUGUCAAGAAGAAGGCCACAAUGCGAGGACAUGUCCUAGCAGAAAUGCAGGGCCUGCUAUUCUUAAUCCUCCUCGUGAAUAG